AGUACAACACCCCACCGAACAAAUUUAGUAAAGCUUUAACCUUCCAGCCAUUUUUGCAUCUUUAACUGCAGUAUCUGAUGAGAGAGAUAAAGAGGAAGAACAAGACAGCAAGAGAGUAAGGAAACUUAGUUCUGCUUCUGGGUUUUCGAUUUUAUCCCAGAUGGAUGAUGUUUCCUGUCCGGAUUUAAUAAGUGAUUUGCCUCAAAGCAUUAUAGAGGGUCUCCUCACGCGUUUACCAAUACGGGAUGCUGUUAGGACUAGCAUUUUAUCAAGUAAAUGGAGGUACAAGUGGGCAACGAUUACUCAACUUGUUUUUGAUGAGAAAUGUGUGGAUUUAUCGAAUGAUCGAUGUGAAUUUGAGGAUAGUCUUGUAAAAUUCAUCACUCGAGCUCUUUUUCUUCACCAAGGACCAAUUCACAAGUUCCAGCUUACGACUACGUAUUUGCAAUGCUGCCCGGAUAUUGAUCAAUGGUUACUUUUCCUGUCGAGGAAUGAUAUCAAAGAGUUGGUUCUUGAAUUGGGAGAAGGAGAGUGGUUUAGAGUUCCUUCUUGUCUUUUUAAUUGUAGAAAGCUGACCCGUUUGGAGCUUUUUCGUUGUGAAUUGGAUCCACCACCGAGUUUUAAAGGAUUCUUGUGCUUGAAGAGUCUCAAUCUUCACCAGGUUUUGGUGUCACCUGAGGCAAUUGAAAGUCUUAUAUCUAGUUGCCCUCUUCUUGAGAGCUUGGCAUUGUCUUACUUUGAUAGUUUAGCUCUCACUAUCCAUGCUCCAAAUCUAAAGUAUUUGUGCCUGGAAGGUGAAUUUAAAGACAUUUGUCUUGAAAAUACCCCCCUUUUAGUUGCAAUGUCAGUGGCUAUGUACAUGACUGAUGACAUAGCUGAACACUUUGAGCAAAGUUCAGGGUGCAACUUUAACAGGUUUCUUGGUGGUGUACCUCGUCUUGAGAGGCUCAUUGGGCACAUAUACUUCACAAAGUAUUUGAGCAUAGGUGAUGACCCUGGAAGACUUCGUAUUACGUAUAACCAUCUAAAAGUAGUAGAAUUGUAUCAAGUGAGUUUCGAAGAUAUGAAGGAGAUACUCGUUGUUCUUCGCUUGAUUACCAACACUCCUAAUUUAAAGGAACUUCAAAUUUCAGGUUCCUCAAACACGUUAGCUGCUAUUGAUGCACCUGAUUUGGAUUUCUGGGACCAAAAAUGCCCUACAGAUUGCACAUUCAAACAACUCAAAGUUGUGAAGAUGACAGAUAUGUCUGGUGUGCCACAUGAGAUGGAGUUCAUCAAAUUUCUUCUUGCAAAUUCACCUGCGCUUGAGACAAUGAGCAUUUCACCUUGUGUAUAUGUUAUGGAUGGAAGAAUUAAUAUGUUGAUUGAGCUGUUGAGGUUUCGACGGGCUUCUGCUCAAGCUGAAAUUUUGUUCAUUCAAGAUUAAGCAUUGUGGGUCUGUUUGUAAAAAACAAUUAUUUUGCCCUUCCAUCUGCUAAUUCCUUUCCUUUCUUUUGAAAUCUCAAAGAACAGUUGGGCUCCAAUUGCAAUUUUUUUGUAUCAUAUUCUUUUGAAAUGUGAAUAAUAACAUUAUUGAGGAAAUUGAUAUUAUCUAUAAUGUUCAAGUGAA